AAACAUCUGUAGCCUCAGUGACUUGCUCUUGUUUUAACAUAAGGCAUGCAUCCAUUCACUAGCUGUACCCGGCUGAAAUUGGACGGGAGGCACUGAACACCUGCACAGGUCGUCAGUCAAUCACAGGGCUGAUGGAGACAGAAAACCAUUCACACUUACAGUCACAUGUAUCACAUGUAUUUUAACAUCAUACAGUACACAAUAUUAGUUUAGUCCCUCGAUCAAUAAUCUACUUCAAUGAUUCGCAACCAGGGGGAGGUCCGCCCUAAAUGGCUGAAAUAAUUCAAAAAAUGGCCAAGCAUUUAAAUAGUUUGCUACAAGUAACCGACUGCUUAAUAUAGGUUGUCAAACCCAUCCCUUCCUGUGUUUCCCAUGGUGCCUAAUUUUUAAAAAAUAAAUACAUAAAUAAAUUUUAUAUAUAUAAAUAUGUAGUCAUGGGUAAGACUAUAUCCCAUUUUAGUUGUGCUGCAAAUUUUUUGUUUGUCAAUAUAAAAGAAAAUUUUGCAAGUCAUAGUUGUGGGUUUGGCAUAGUAUUAUUUAGUUUUAUGUGAAACCAAAUUGUGAACAAUAUCGAUCAUCACAUAAUUUGCUGUGUUCUUCCUGAACAAGGGAAAAAAUUUUUAAAAGUGAUAAUAAUCACUACAAGUUUCGCUUUGGAUUUUUUAGUUGUUCUUUUUUCUUUUUACCUUUAUCUGACUUUUUAACCCGUAUUAAUAAUUUUGUUGUAACAUUUAAACUGAAAAGGUUAGCAACAUAUUAAAAACUAGCAAAAUACAUUGUUAUAUUGUGGUGUGGCUGGCUAAUGUUAGCUAACAUUAGCUUGCUAUCUAACAUGGACUAACAUUAGCCAAAAGACGCAGGAGCAGGAAAUGAGCUAACUUUUACUGAAGCUAAGGCUAGCCAGUUAGCUGUUACUGAACUAUUGUACAUGGAUCUGUUGUUAGUAGAUCAUAACAUCAGCUGUUUAAGUAAUUUGCAAACUGUAAGCUACUUAGUGUCAUGGAGCCUGAUCCAAAUGAGAAAUUUUGUAGACAGUUUAUUAUUCUAUAAAAGGAGCCUCAGUAACGAGUCCUAAAAUCUAGAAAUGUGUGAGCGUUUCAGCACCUCUGAUUCCCUUGUCUCAAAGUCAAUUAAUUUAUUUGAAUGGCUUUUUGGUUAAUUGUCUGAAAUAAAGUCUGCAUUUAACACUAGCUUAACAAAACUCACGUGUCAUUCUUCGACAUAAAACACACUUUGAAGCUUUUGUCCUAAAAGACAGUUAACAAGUUGCUGAGAGAGACUACAGAAUAUCAUUAAGCCGAACCAACCUGAACAUUGCUUUACAGCCUCGAAGUGUUGAUGAUGUGACCAUUGUGAAGUCUAACAAUAUUUUGUAGCCUAACAAUAGCUUUUUACCCCUGGCAAUUACAUGUGGGCUUCAAAAAUAUUGAAAGUGGUGUUCAUUUGUCAAGAUUAUUUUGCUGAAUAAAAUGUGACAAAAGUAAACUUUGUUCACCACCAUGUUAUUUUCUGCAGAGAUCCAAAAUCCAAUGGAAAAUUCCCACAGGCUUUUCGACAAGGGAACCAGGGCGAAGCUAACUUCCUGGUCAGCUCACGGAAAAACGUCAUCCCCGGGGCACUCUUUAUGAUUUAAAUUUGUUUUCCAACCUUCUAUCAACGUGUUUGACAGUAUUUUAACCAAUGCACAGGUGCUCGCCCACAUCUACCAAGUACAGCCAGGUAGGGCUUACAUAAUGUAAACUAAUGCUUUUCCCAUAUUUUCUUUAAAGUUACAUCUAAUACCUUUAAAUGAGAAAUUACCAAAAACUCACUUUAUUGUCAAUCCAGUUGCCAGAUAAAAUGUUGGGCAUAUUUGUUUCUGCAAACAAAGGAUUUGUUACAUUUGUACACUCUGGCUAUAUGUUACUGAUAUGCUUAGAUUUUACAUUUCAGUUUUCAAUCUUACGUUGUGACAAUGCUGUGCUUAACGGUUAGACACAAAAACACUUGGUAAGGGUUUGAAAAACACUGUGGUUUGGCUUAAAGUACCCUACUUUGUUGCCACAAACACAACUAGAUAUGUCAGCUUUUAUUGGUCUUGAAAAAUGGUCUGCUGCUGUCUGCUCUUUGGUAGUCACUGGUCUUACCAGCCAACGUGCUGGUGUUACGCCAUCCACCAUCCACCAUCCACCAUCCCCUCCAUCUCUGGAGAAGAGACCCAGCUCGUAUAUAUGUAAGCUGAACUACGUCAACCUAGAUAUAAUACAUGUGAAACUCACAAAUGAAUUUCCCUUAUAAUGCUAACACGUUAUUCUGGUGACCUGACUGUUUUUAAAAUACGUUAAAAGUGGUUAAAGACUGAUUCUUUCACUUAAGUGGUAGGUUCAGGCAGUUUGUAUAGCUCAUUGUAUUCAGGUAGAUUUUCUUCAGUGUAUCAAUCACUCUUCACAUUCCUCCACAUUCAGUGACUCCUCAGGUAAAAAAUAGAGACAAAAGACCUGAAAACCCCCACCUUCCCCCUCCCUUCACCUGCCUCACUGUAUAAAUAUGGCCUCACCAGACAGGAUCCUCAGUUUUUACUGCUCACAGUAUCCAAUUACUUGGGUGGAGGGAUUUUCUCUUUUUUGUCUUUGAGCAGAAACCAAGAACAAAACCAGCACAUCAAGAUGGGAAGGGUCCUAUUUGGAAUCAUUGCAGCUGUUGCAUCUUUCAUGCUGGUGGAGUCACUGACCUGCAACAAAUGCAGCUAUGGCGUGCUGGGCUACUGCCUUAGCACCUCCGAAGAAACCUGCUCGACCAACACCAGCCAUUGCUUUACUGGAAAAGUCUCUUUCACUUCACUGUCCAACGUGGGCUUUAACAACCAGGGAUGCCUGGAGUCAAGUAGCUGCAACACCACCACCAAUGGCACACUGUUGGGUAUCACCUACGAGAAAAAAAUUGAAUGUUGCUCAACAGACAAGUGCAACCCCGUCCAGACCAGCGGCGCCCCAACCACUAAGAUGACCUUCACCGCCGCCAUUGGUGUAGCCAUCCUGGCCUCCUUGUGGGGAAGCGUUCUGUAAUUUGCCAAAUGCUAAGUCACAAAAACAGCAGUAGCCAGCGACUCCUGAAAUCAGUUUAUACUAUGAUGAAUUACACCAAGCAUGAUCUCUACAAGAUCAAUGGCACUCUCAGAAAAAAAACCUCUUUGGUUCUUAUGCGUUUCUAAGAAUUUUUUUCUAUGCUCAUUUAUUUUCUAUAACUCAGGUCUCAUCUUUAUAAUAACGAGUUAUAUAGGCUAAAACUUCAAAUCCACAUCAUGGAAGUUGAUCAAUGGGAUGUUUCAGGAAAACAUUGAGCUCGUAAUUCUUCCAUGGUUUUUGUUUUGCUUUGUAUUUUUUAAUCAUUUUUUAUUUAUCCUUUAUCCUUUUUGUCAUAGCAGACAGCACAUUGAUGUAAAAAUAAAGAAAUUGUUGUAAAACCUCUGUUGCUUCAGCUCUUAUUAUAGCAUCAUGCAUCCAUCUAUACAUGAGUUGUACCCAGCUGACGAAUACCAGCCAAUGAUAAAGCUGAUAGAGGCAGACACUCAUUUACACUAACAUUUACACCUAUUGUAACCACGGAUUUAUUAUAAAUGAUUGUAACCAAACACAGAUUAACCACCGGGGCCGAUUGGGCCGGGGCCCGGGGGCUUCCGGCCUCUAGGGGGCCUCCAAACCCCACCAACUGUACC